AUGGAGGUACUAAGAGUCCAAACAAUAUCUCAUCAAUCCAAAGACACGCCAGUCCCCUCCAUCUUCGUUAGAGCAGAAAGCGAGCAACCAGGAACAACAACCGUCCACGGUGUGAAACUGGAGGUGCCGAUAAUCGAUUUCAGUAAUCCAGAUGGAGAAACAUUAGAAAAGGAGAUAGCGGAAGCGAGUAAAGAGUGGGGAAUGUUUCAAAUUUUGAACCAUGAGAUUCCAAAUGAUGUUAUAAGAAAGUUGCAAAGUGUUGGUAAAGAGUUCUUUGAGUUACCACAAGAGGAAAAAGAGGUUAUUGCUAAACCUGUUGGGUCGAAUUCGAUUGAAGGGUAUGGGACUAGUCUUCAGAAAGAGGUGAAUGGGAAGAAAGGUUGGGUGGAUCAUUUGUUUCAUAUCAUUUGGCCACCUUCUUCUGUUAAUUAUCGUAUUUGGCCUAACAAACCUGCUUCUUACAGAGAGGUGAAUGAGGAAUAUGGGAAGUAUCUACGUGGAGUGAUAGACAAACUAUUCAAAAGCUUAUCAAUUGGGCUUGGGCUUAAAGAACAUGAACUUAAGGAAGCUGCAGAUAUGUCUCAUGUCACCAUUCUUGUCCCUAAUGAAGUGCAGGGCCUUCAAGCCUCUAGAGAUGGUCAAUGGUAUGAUGUUAAGUAUGUCCCUAAUGCUCUUGUCAUUCACAUUGGUGACCAAAUGGAGAUACUAAGCAAUGGGAAAUAUAAGGCUGUGUUGCACAGAACAACAGUGAACAAAGAGGAGACUAGAAUGUCUUGGCCUGUUUUCAUAGAGCCACAAGGAGAGUUUGAAGUUGGUCCUCACCCAAAGUUGAUUAACAAAGAAAAUCCACCAAAGUUUAAGACCAAGAAAUAUAAGGAUUAUGCUUAUUGUAAGCUUAAUAAGAUCCCUCAGUAA